AAAUUAUAUCGGAAUUAUGCAGGGAUCAAAGUCGUCAGACGUAACGAAUUAAGCUAGCGACUCCGCCACUCGAUCUAGGUAGAUCAUUAAGUUCGCGCUUUUUCUUUGUCGGCCAAGACUGUAGAGAGAAUCGCUCAAAAUGUCCACGCCAAUGGCGCAAGCGGAGGCUGAGAAGCGUCCAGAUCCUAUCCCCGAGGAGUGGGCACUGAUCGAGAAUGACCCUCGCCCCGGUCGGCUACAGGUCGAGGCGAUGUUCGAUUAUGCGGGUCUGUUGUAUCUUCGCUUCGUCUCGUGUGCGACGUUUUUCCGCAACGUAUACGUUUUCCAAGAUGUGUUGGCGGCGCAGGCAAACGUCUAUUGCGCGGGGAAGACGUAUCAGGCCUGGCUGGAGACGCUUUUGUUAUGGUCUGACUUUUUCCAUCUUUCCCCGCAUCUUGAUCUCCUUUCUUCUUGUUUUCUAGUGAAAUACAAAGUGAAGCAAAGGGUUCAAGAUGGGGAGAGCGAGAUGGAAUAGUAUUGCCUCUAAUUUUGGGGAACUUCUUUGGAACCUGGGAGGUACUGCAGGACCACUUGAAGUGGAUACCGAUACGAAGGCUCAUAGUCGCGUUUUGCUUCGCGAGCUUCGUGAAGUCGGAGCGCAUCACAACUAUCGAGAAGCAAGCACAAGCGCUCGACCAGGAAGUGCAACAAAUGCAACAGGCAGCCUUCAAUCCAGAGCGAGCAGCCUUGUCGAAGCCGAAGGAGGAUGAAGGGGCUCAAUUGUGUGAAACGGGUUUCAACACAAAGAGCCACGAAGUUUUGCAGAAUUUCAACCGCGCCGUUGUGUAUUUCGCGCCGCUCCUGGGGCGUCUCACAACAGACCUGGAAGACGGUUACGAAAGCGACUAAACUUAUGACUUUCGGAAAUACAUCUUCAGAAGCAUCCUGUGGCACUCUCUAAGGGAAACAGAGGCCCAAGAUGGUCCCCUAGAUGAAUUCCCGGAAGGUCUAAUAAACGCUCGGAGAAGGCGAGAGGUCGUCGACCGUCGAUGAGGAAACAAGAAGGGAAACCAGGCUUCUGUGCAGAGGGGUGGGCACACUUCAAGAAGCCAAAGGGGAGUCGCAGGCAGUUACCAGACUGGCAAUAUUUCUUACUUUCAUUCCACAAAUCACAGAGACAGAAAAGGUUGAUUGAUAGAGGUCGCGCGCCACGGUAUACGAAGGCUAGAUACAGUGCGUAGCGCUCCAACUCCUCUUGCUAAGAUCUUUCAUCUGUUUCCGGUAAAUUCAGUGGUAUGGAAGCGAGAAC